AUGGCAUACAACAUUCUUCAACUCUCACAAUUCCCUCAAUAUAAAGUUUUUGUGUCUCUUUACAAGGGAGUGACAAAUCACGCGGAUAUCAGAGAUUCUAUAAAGUCUGGGUCUCUUCCUGACGAUUUUGACUUUGCCUUUCUCAAUGCUGCCAAUCUACUUUCUAUGGAACAACUUUACAGUGCGUUGUUUCGCUGCUUUGUCGAUAAGAGAAAUGGUAAGAUGAAGGCAAAUACCAUACAUACUGAACUCAUCAGUGAUCUUUCUCCGGUGAAGAACAUUAUGGAAGCCCUUACAAGAUUUGGUAUUCCUGCCGAAGGUGAAAAAUCAGAUUUGAUCAUACUCAAAGUGAUCGAAAGUACUACUAGUCCUGAAAAGGCGCAACUCGAUCAAGUUUAUGACACUGUCAGUAAAGUUGUUCAAAAUAAUGGCGUAGCUGGUGUCUGUUUAACGGAUGCUGCUCUAGAAUCUACCGUUGAUCUCCAGUCUAUUCGGAAAAACUAUAAGCUAGGAGAUAUGUUCACUGAGGAUAGAGAGAGACUCAACAGACUUAUCAUUGGUACCAUACAAUUGAGAGGAUUAUAG